UUGUAAGGGACGCGAACACCGCUAUUAGGAUUAUCGUUGUUUCGCGGGCAACCUCUCAGGCUCAGAGCGUCGAAAGCAUGGAAAGCGCCGAUUCUAGUAGCGCCGAUGCUGAUGAUUCCAACGCUGGUGACUCUGACGAGGAGAUGAGCGAGAUGAGUGAUGACGAGGAGGAUGACGAGGAUGAGGACGAUGAGCAGGGGGCCUCUUACGCCCUCAGCUACAACGUCCCCAGAUACAACUAUACGUCCUCAAUGGACGCUAAUCACGACUCCAUUGAGGACUGGGAGGAGGAGCUCCAUGUUGUAACUCCGCCUGGCAUUGACGCUGACCAGGCACAACCUUCAUCACAGCUGACGACCUCAACGUCGGCUACUCUUGUGCCUGAGCCAAGCCCAACUCCCACUCCCACCCCCACCCCUACUCCUACUCCUGCUCCGGCACACCAACCAACACCUACACCCACGCCCGCCCCUUCUACACCAGCGCGUUCACCAACGCCUGUACCAACCCAAUUCCCGUGCCGUCGCUGCAACAAGGUGUUUGCGAAGAAUAGUGUACUGAAGCUACACAUCAUGGACCGCCACUGCGGCACGCGGUGCUAUCUCCCAGGGUGCGGAGUCACCACCAACAACGAGGAGGAUCUGAUCGAUCACAUUGGGUGGCAUCAGAGGGAGGCUGUCCAGGAAUGGGGCUUGGAUAGUACCAUCUGCCCUUGGCCUGGCUGCGGCAAGACCUUCAGCCGCCACGAUACCGUUCUGCGUUGCUUGAAGCGACAUACGCAUAACGCGCGGCGUGGUAUUUAGGAAGAAGGGGCGAUUGGUUGAUAGGUUUUCGGUAGGGAAGGUGUUUGGGGUUAUG